UUUGUCUUUUUGGUAGAGAAAAUUCGAAGUGAGCCUCAGAUCUUAUCUAUUUGGGAACAGAAAGAUCCUGAAUAUGCGGGAACCGAUUUGCAGCUACACUGCAUCGUCCUUUCUAAGGAUAUUGACACGAAAUUCGAUUGGUAUUUUAGCAAAAGCUUUUUCCCAGAUGAAGUCAAACCAGGCUCUUUACUCAACCAAACUUUGUUUGAAGCACAUCUGCUGACUUCGCCAAAGGAUAGUUCGUGGCUAAAAUGGAAGUCAGUUCUGAAUUUGAAGAACGUUUCUGUGGCUGAUUCGGGUUCAUAUUCAUGUAAGGCUCUAAACGUCGUUGGACCUGAUCAACGUGGGACUUAUCUUAAUGUGACUACAAGGCCCAUUACACCAUCUCCUGCAGGUACACCGUCGGUCCCAACUAAAGCAGAUACAGAAAGCGCUGCUCCAGUAAGAGAUGUAACACGUCCUCCCCCGAUUUUAAGUACGUUGGAGAUUGUUCUGUUCAGCGUCGGCGCUGUUUUCCUCACACUGUUACUGAUCAUCUGUGCAGUAUGGUAUUGUGUGCGCUUGAGAAAGCGCAAUAAGCGUUUCAACGUAGAUAUUCCAGAUGUAAAAUACGACGCGGUUAGAGAAGGUGUUGCCAUCGAAUCACAACGCUUCGCUCCAAGAACGGCGUCUGUUUCUUCUACAGCGUCAGCGCUUUCGUUGAUGCGUCAAAGGAGCGUUCGCGGUCGCUUGGAAUCGAGGUUAACACAGGUGUCAGACAUUGAAGUGCCCUACGAAGAAGCUUGGGAGAUUGACAGAUUCUCGUUGGUUCUCUCUGACAUACUCGGUGAAGGAGCAUUUGGACGAGUUAUAAGAGCAGAGGCUGUUGGGCUGGGUUGUACUGUAGCUGUGAAAAUGCUUAAAGAGGAUGCAACGGAUCAGGAGUUGAUGGACUUGGUGUCCGAAAUGAAAGUGAUGAAGACAAUAGGAAAACAUAAGAAUAUCAUCAACUUGUUGGGAGUGUGUACACAAGAAGGUCCCUUAUUUGUAGUGGUAGAAUUCGCAGCUCAUGGCAACCUCCGGCAGUUCCUUCAAGAAAGAAGACCUGGGUUGGAGUACGCUGAUGACGCUGAUUACCACUCUCCAGAGCAACUUACUCUUCAAGAUCUAAUGUCUUUUUUUUAUCAAGUAGCAAAAGGAAUGGAAUUUCUGUCAUCUAGAAAGUGCAUUCAUCGAGAUUUGGCAGCACGAAAUAUAUUGGUAGCCGAAGACUACGUCAUGAAAAUUGCUGAUUUUGGUCUUGCGAGGAACGUGCGGGAUGAUGACUAUUAUCGGAAAACAACAGACGGAAGACUUCCUGUCAAGUGGAUGGCGCUUGAGGCAUUAAUCGACAGAGUUUACACCUCCAAAAGUGAUGUUUGGUCGUUUGGAGUGCUAGUAUGGGAAAUUGUUACUUUUGGUAAGUGAAUGGUACUUUUAAGUUAUUUUGACUUUCUUUUUCUUCACGUAAUGUUUACAAAUUCUAUCUCUGACACUGAGUUCUUACGACUUCAAAAAUUACUUUCUUUAAAGUAAUAUAUGAAGAGACAACGAAACUUCGCAUCACGCGUAAUAUGUAUUUUCAUUGAAAUUUUUUGCAAAAUCUAUUACCAUUCAUUGAGGAUAAAGAUAACGACUAUGAUAAUGACCGACAAUAAAGGUGACAAUGACAA